CAGGACACAGACCUGAUUAUGACCUUUAACAUCUCCAUGCAUCGCACCUGGUGGAUGGAGAACGGCCCGGGGUGCAGGGUGACCCCCGUGACCCCUCCUCCCUCCUGGGCCCCGGAGGACCAUCGCUACAUCAGCAUUGCCGGCUGCCUGCUGGAGUACCAGUAUGUGGAGGUGGCCCACAGUUCCUUGCAGAUUAUCCUGGCUCUUGCUGGGUUCAUCUAUGCCUGUUAUGUUGUGAAGCUGAUUUCAGAAGAGGAGGACAGCUUUGACUUUAUAGGAGGGUUUGAUUCAUACGGUUACCAAGGGCCACAGAAGACGUCGCAUUUGCAACUACAACCAAUGUACAUGUCAAAGUAAAGGGAUAACUGCCUUAUCACCCAGUCAAAAUGAUGAACUGAUGUUUGAACUUGUCUUUCUACAUAAAUGUCUUAACAUGAUAGUGUCUUACGGACUGUCGGAGGAACACGGAAGCGACGCUUUAACCUCAAAGACUCGAGCGAGCGAGUGGAUUUUCUUUGUCUGCGCCCAGCCCUUCCUCCUCCAGAGCUCGAGAGAGCCCUCGUGUGGCCGAACCCCCUCAGCAGACUCUCGUCUCUCGGCCAUUAGCAGGUCUAAACAGAGGAACAGAUUGUCUGCAAUAAGAAAGACUUGGAAUCGUGCAAUGGACCGAACGGAUAUAAUGUCAGUGUGUCCGACUGACUUUCACGGGAAUUCAUCCAUCCAUCCAUCCAUCCAUCCUUAAAGAAUGUUCAUUAACCAGUCAGUAUGAUAUUAGUUAUCUAGUCCUACAGUCCUUCAAAUGGUAAAUGGAGUGGAGAGUCAUUAUUCCAGUUGUUUACAACGGGUUAUUCCAAGCAUUGGGAUUACCUUCGGUGUUUAAUUGCAACCCAAGUAGUUUUUCUUCUCUCUCCUGGAUGUACUCGUCUUGAAAGUGCCAAGAACAGUUAAGAAAAAAAAAAAAUCAAAUCAGUAGCUGCAAAGAUAUUCUUUUUUUUGUUUGUUUGUUUGUUUGGAGUUAAUAGACAGUCCUUAAAAAAAAAGACUUAUGAGUUUAUCAGUUCGACGUCACCAUUGGAUUCAGGCGUAUUUGUUUGCAUGAGGUGUUGAAAUCUGUUGCGUAUUUAAAAUCUUUCAGCUAGACAUAGGCCGACCUCGGAAGGAGUAAGCGGCUGUCCUUACUCCGAAAGGUUACAUGUGAAUAUUGUUGUUUUUUAAGACGGUGUUGAGUCUUGUUAACAAGAUAACGGAUAGAAAACCAAUUGUAACUUCUUUCUAUUUUAAGCCUUUUUUUUUAACAUGUGUGCCAGUGUUCACUCUUUUCUAGUAGACUAAUAAUUUGUUCCGUGUAAGUGGGCCUUUCUUUUUCGAUAUACUUGUACAUAUUGAGGGGGGGAUAGGGAUAGAGAUGCAGUAUUUCUAGUGAUGUGAUGUACGAGGAGGUGUGUGGAAGGAGUCUACUUGGGUUCAAAGGUUUUUGUUUUGUGUAGUAGCAGGAACCCAAGCGUAUCGAGUCUCGAAAUAAUUUCUAAAGACAAUUGUUCCCCAACUUUUAAGUGAGAGGUUUCCCCUGGAUUUAGCUGCGCUGUAUGGCUUCUUUUGAAUGAAUAUCAAGGAACGAGUUUCUUUUUGUGCUGCACUUUCAGUCGCCUAAAAUCCUGCACAUAUUGUAGCUCUUGUAUAAUGCGUGAAAGCGCGAAAUGUCUUCAUUUCGGUCAAACUACCAUGCCAAACACAGCUGAAUAACGCAUUUCCCCUCCCUUAACUGAUAAUGGAUGAUGAAAUACGCAUUUCUCCACUGUAUAUUAUCUCUUCCCUUGAACUGAUUCUAGUAACUGUGUGGGGUUGAUAUAUAUAUAUAUAUAUAUAUAUAUAUCUGUGGUUUGUAGAGAAAGUGCCUGAAAUGACAUCCUGUGAACAUUCCAAUAAAUGGCAAUCUGCUCUCACCCAGAACGGCUGUACAUAAACAGAGGGUCUGACUGAACUGUGUUUAAUCAAACCCCUUGUGGACUGCACUGGCAAAGCUAAGUGGCUUUGAUAAUUAAUAAAGAUAGUUUAGCCGCACCACUCACUGGCAAAUAAUUCCCUGUAGUCUUUGUGCGUCCGACUCAAUGUGGAGUGACGUUUGAAUGGGUAAUGCGAUUCAAGUGUGAUGACAUUAGGAAAGGAAACCUCUAUGGGUAUAUCUCACAAAACCUUUCAGAAACAUACCUUUAGGGGUAACACUUUACUUGAAGUGGUGUGCA